AUGGCUGAAGACGGUUUGCCUAAAAUGUAUUCUCAUCCUCCAAGAGAAAGCAGCAAAACACCAACUGAAGCAACCAUGUUCUUUGGGGCUGACAACACUAUUCCUAGAUCAGAAACAACUAUUACUUCUGAAGGAGAUCACGUUACUUCUGUAAAUGACUUUUCACUAGAAAGUGAUUUUUCAACUACUGGCAACAAGCUUCCCCCUACAAAAGAAAGACUUAAAUCAGAAGAUGAUGUUGAGACCCAUAUUAAGUCAACAACUCAUCUGGAGAAAGAAAUUACUUCUCUGACCAGCACUCCAAACACUGUAGCUAAGGAAUCAAUUACUGAAAAUUUCAUUCCAGUGAAAAUUGGGAAUAUUUCAUCCCCGGUUGGCACUGUUUCUUUAAUAGACUUUCCCACUAAUGUGGCAAAAGAAGAUAUACUCUUGGCUACCAUUGACACAGGCAAUGAAGAUAUCUCAUUGACUACUGAAGUCUCUGGCAAACUAGAAGACAGCACUACCCAUGUUGCCGACACCCCUGCCCUUCCAGCUAAAACAGAUGAAGCUGAUGUUAACAAUUAUAAUUCUUCGAUCAAAUCCAAUGUUCCUGCUGAUGGGGAUGCCCAGGUCACUGACUCCUUUACUUCUGAAGCUGAAAUCUCUCCCUCUACUGAAAAGAACUUCACCACCCUUCCAGACAUAACUGCCCUUGCAGAAGAGAACAUAACUGAAACUGACCUCAUUGUUUCAGAGGAUGACCUCAAAACUGUGACUGAAUUAACUGAUUCUGAUGAGGAAAAGUUUAUCACUGUGUUUGAACUCACUACCUCCACUGAAAAAGACAAAGAUAACCCAGAAGAUACUCUAACUGAUGAAGAAUCUACCGAUGGUGUCAAUGUUUGGGUGGAGAGAGAUACUGCAAAUGAAGCAGAGUCUCAUUCCAUUUUGCUUACUGCUGUUGAAUCCAGAUAUGACUUCAUUGUCCCUCCAACAGCAGCUGUAAACUUCACAGGAGAAUCAGCUAUUAACACAACAGAAUAUUUGUCUGAAAAUAAUAGAAUGGGAACUGUAACCGAGAUCAUUGAGCCAUUUCCUGAAAGCACUCCUGUAUUGGAUACCCCUAACUCCAAGGAAGACACCUCUGCAGCUGAAACGGGUAUCUUUAAACUACUGAAAGAAGAUCCAGAUGAUUUCAUGAUUUAA